GUCGUUAGGAGGAAACAUGUGUCGGUAGCAACGCCGCCAACUCAUUAUAUUCAACUGGGGCACCUCUGAAAUUGGCACAAGUUCGCUGUUAAUCGCUCCCGAGGAGCAGUCGGCUUUCCAUCGGCUCGCUCCCGCUGAAUGGGUGUCUCGUUCACCGCAACAGACGGCCCCCAGUGUUUGCCAUGUCCAGCGAGACCUCCCCUCUCCUCAACUACCGCCUGUACAAUGUGGCGGGCGGGGGGUUCGCCGAGAGUUGCGCCGCUCUCCCGACCGAGGAGGUUUCCAUCUGCGGCAGCGGCUCGCAGCCCGACGACAGCCGGAAGCUGUCGACCUUUUUCGGGGUCGUGGUGCCCACCGUCCUGUCUAUGUUCAGCAUCGUGAUCUUCAUGCGAGUUGGCUUUGUCAUCGGCCAGGCGGGGUUCUUCGAAGCGCUGCUGAUGCUGGUAGUGGCCUAUGUCAUCAUUAGCCUGACAGUGUUAUCGGUGUGCGCGAUCUCCACCAACGGAGCGGUGAAAGGUGGCGGAGCAUACUUUAUGAUUAGCCGGACGUUGGGCCCGGAGUUCGGCGGGAGCAUAGGGCUGAUGUUCUUCCUCGCGAACGUCUGUUCCUGUGCGGUUUAUAUCCUGGGACUGGUGGAGGCUAUUCUGGACGUAUUCGGAGAGCUCCCAAACGCAGCAGAAACAGACCAUAGAGGUAUCCACGUCCUCCCACAGAGCUACCUCUACGAUGUCCUCUACGCUUCGAGUAUCCUAUUGCUCUGCUUGCUAGUCUGCCUGGUCGGGGCCCAGAUCUACGCCAGGACCAGCUUCCUGAUCUUCCUCAUGGUCCACAUCGUGCUCAUCACCAUCUUCAUCAGUUUCUUUGCCGUGAGCCCCAAGACCGUUUGGAUAGUUAGACAGUCUGGCAACAGCAGCCAGCUCAUCCACACCAACUACACGGGCUUCAAUCUGGCUACGCUGCAGCGGAACCUUGCGGAUGACUACUCGGUAGACUACACCACUGGUACACUCAUGACGUUUGCCACGGUGUUUGCUGUGAUGUUUAACGGCUGCACUGGUAUAAUGGCUGGAUCCAACAUGUCAGGGGACUUGAAGAAUCCGAGCUAUGCCAUUCCCAAAGGGACGAUCAUUGCUGUGAUCUACACCCUGCUGGUUUAUUUCCUGCUCUUCCUCAUGGUCAGCUUCACCUGUGACAGGAUGCUACUCCAAGGAGAUUACGGCUUCUUUCGACAAAUCAAUGUCUGGCCGCCGUUUGUGGUCAUCGGGGUGUAUGCAGCCUCUCUCUCUGCCUCCAUGAGCACUCUGAUAGGAGCAUCGCGGAUCCUUCAUGCCCUGGCUAGAGAUGACCUGUUUGGCAUUUUGCUGUCUCCUGCUAAAAGAACCUCCAAGACGGGCAACCCCUGGAUGGCCGUCCUCUACACCUGGUUCUUGGUUCAGCUAGUGCUGUUUGCAGGGAAGCUGAACACCAUUGCUGGCAUCGUCACCAUCUUCUUCCUGAUGGCCUACGCUGCUGUUGACCUGGCUUGCCUGUCGCUGGAGUGGGCCUCUGCCCCCAACUUCAGGCCGACCUUUCAGCUCUUCAGCUGGCACACGUGUUUGCUGGGGAUCAUUGGUUGCUUGGUGAUGAUGUUCCUGAUCAACCCAGUCUACGCCUCCUGUGGGAUUGUCCUGAUGCUGAUCCUACUGGUAGUCAUCCAUUAUCGAUGUCCUACCAGCAGCUGGGGCUACAUCAGUCAAGCCCUCAUAUUUCACCAGGUGAGGAAGUACCUCCUGCUGUUGGAUGUCCGGAAGGAUCACGUCAAGUUCUGGAGACCCCAGAUCUUGCUCAUGGUGGCCAAUCCACGCUCCAGUGCCCAGCUCAUCACCUUCAUCAAUGACUUGAAGAAAGGGGGCCUCUUCGUGCUGGGUCACGUGGAGAUCGGAGACCUCGACACCCUGCCUUUUGACCCCAUCCACCCUCAGUACAACUUCUGGCUCAGCCUGGUGGACAAGCUGAACGUGAAGGCCUUCGUGGAUCUGACGCUCUCACCCUCUGUGCGUCAGGGCGUGCAGCACCUGCUGCGGAUAACGGGCCUCGGUGGGAUGAAGCCCAACACCCUGGUCCUCGGGUUCUAUGACCACUGUGUGCCUGACGACUACUUCCUGAGUGACCCGGCCUUCCAGGACACCAAGGAGAACGACCAUUUUGGUGUGGACAUUGCCUCCCUGCAGGCUCACUUCCCCCCCGUGCGCGGCAGCGAAUCGGACAAGAGCCUGAGUGAGAUGGAGUACGUCGCCAUCAUCUCCGAUGCCCUCAAGAUGCAGAAGAACAUCUGCCUGGCGCGCUACUUCUUCACGAUGAAUAGGAAGGAUCUCUUCGCCAAGAAGAGGUCGGACAGAGUGUCCAUUGACGUUUGGCCCCUGGAUCUCCUGAGGCCUGACAGCACCAACUACGUGGACGUCAGCAGCCUCUUUCUGCUGCAGAUGGCUUGUGUCCUGACCAUGGUCGUCUCCUGGAAGGCGGCACGUCUCCGCAUCUUCCUUUGCAUCGAGUCUGGCGACGAGGGUUGGGUCAAGAAGGAGCAGAAGCUCCGGGAGCUGCUGGACAAGUUGCGCAUCAAAGCCACCAUCAAGAUCGUCACCUGGGACAGCGUGGUGGCCCUCCACUGGCGCCGGCAGCUCUCCGCCGAGGAGCAGGAGGCUGCCUCGUGCGCCGGCCGGGACUCGGCCCUCGUCUCGGACGACUACCUCCGGGCGGCCAACCGCAUGGUGCUGGAGCAGAGCUUCCACACGGCUGUGCGGUUCCUCUACCUGCCCCGGCCUCCCGCUGAUGCCUCCCACUCGCGGCGUUACCUGCAGCAGCUGGACGUCCUGACCGAGGGCCUGGGGCCCACACUACUGAUCCACGGACUCACUCCAGUUACCUGCACUGACCUGUAGGGCAAGCUUGGGGCGGUGUCAGCGGAGGGGGGAAUUGGGUAAAGGAAAUGCCGCAGCUGGGGACACAAACUAUUCAAACGCUGACUGUGUUUCCCGAAACCAGCGUACAUUUCAGACAAAAAGAGACGCAUCUUAGGUAUUUAAAAAUGAGCGCUUGUGUUUAUUUAUAUUUAAAGAGAGUUUGGACAACAUUCUGUAACUCGCAUUUAAAAUGGUCUUUAUUGGAGGGUGGGUGGUUCUUAUCUAUUAAAAUGGUUAUUCAGUGUUUCUCCUGCGUUUAAGUUCCUUUCAGACAAGCUGGGCAGGUCAGCAGACCUAAUGAGCCAGCCCCAAAGGAGUCGGACCUGCCCUUUGCUGGAAGGCAGCUUUGCCAAUGGCUGACCUUUUCCAUUAACGUCGUGAACCCUGGGGGGUUUCCUUUUCCAUUAGCUGCCCCUCCCAAAAGUUGCCUUGUGGACAGGUGCUCUGACUGUCCCUGUACCACCGAUGUGCCCUCUGUCUGAAAGAGAAACACAUUCCGUUGGAAACUCUCAGAAGCUCUCCACUUGAACUGGCAUUUACUAUUUGUACUUUUCUACUUGGCUCAAACAUAUUAUAAUCAUAGAAUGUGAACCUUUCAGCCCAUCUAGUCUGUGCCAUAGCCCUCCCUAUCCAAACUUCUCUUAAAUGUUGCAGUCGAACCUGCAUAGUCAGCAUCCACAGGCAGCUUGUUCCACGCUCUGAGUGAAGUUUUCACCUUUCACCCCUAACCUGUGGCCUCUAGUUCUGGUCUCGCCCAACCCCAGUGGAUUAGAUAGCCAGUUUGUUUCCCCUCGUGAUCUACAGGAUUGGAAUGGAGGCAGAUCAUUCUUGAUUGUAAGGGAUCACGAGGCAUUAUUUUUAAUAAGUGUAGAUGGGAAUUCUCUCUGCGAUUCUAUCUGAUCUGUGACUGGGGUCACUGAAAAUUUGGUCAUUUAUCACUCUUCUGUUUGUGAGAUCUUGUCUGAAGAUUUCUACGUUAUAAUUGUGAAGGAACUGAGCACCAGUGAGGAAACUUGUGUUCCCGCAUGGUGAAAGUGUAACCUGUACCGGAGGUCGGGAUCGAACCUGGAUCUGUGGUGUGGUAGCAGCUCUACCCGCUGUGCAUGCUGAGCAUUUCCUGCAGUUGGGGUAUCGUGAGCAGUUUUGUAAGAAGGGAUGUACUGGCGUCAGGAGGAGGUUCAUGAGCGUGAUCCCGGGAAUGAAAAGGUUGACGUAUGAGAAGUGUUUAAUUGCUCUGGGCCUGAACUCACUGGCGUUUAGAAGAAUGAGGGUUGGGGAUCUCAUUAAAACUUACCAGCUAUUGAAAGACUUUGUUUCUUAUUCAGGUGUUAUAUGAAUGUAUGCCAUUUGAAAUGCCUUGAGGCUUUUGAGCGAUUUAAGACCUUAAGACAUGGGAGCAGAACUAGGCCAUUCAGCCCACCUAGUCUGUUCCGUCAUUUCAUCAUGGCUGAUUUAAUAUCCCUCUGACCCUGAACCUAAUUUUUCUGCCUUCUUCCUGUAACCUUGACUCCCAUACUAAUGAAGAACCUAUCCGCCUCUGCUGUAAGUAUA